AUGACGGAGCCACACACCAAAAACACCCUCGACACCAAGAGCCACCGCAAGACACGGACCCAACGCCGAAAACAACCAUUCCUCCAUGAGCAAUACGCGACCAUGCAGCAACCAACAACACGAUACAACAACAACAUCAUCUUUGCCAUUCCAAGACAACAACAAGUGCAAAUUAGCCAUACAGUGAAGGGAUUGGAGGCUCCUUUAAAACCGUUGAUGUCGUUACAGAGGAAUGCAUGGAAAGCUAUACGACUGAUCUUGGUAAAAGACACGAAGAAAAAAUGCAGUCGAAACAACAGCAAAGGAACGGAAUUGCUCUCCACCACCACUACACGAUAUCACCGUCAAAACCGUGAUCUUCCCCUGAAACAAUGCAACUUAUAG